AUGGCAAACAAUUCAAACAAUUCCACUUCCGUAAGCACAAAAGUGCAAGUUGCUCUUAGAAUAAGGCCUCUUACAGCAGACGAUUUGGUAACUUUGCCGUCACGAUUCCAGCGACAGAUUCUUUCCACGAAUCCAUUCACACCAAACCAAGUAGUCGUUCAAGCAGAAAGGAAACAAAAUUACACGUUUGAUCAUGUUUUUGGUCCCGAGGCUUCUCAGAAAGAAAUUUAUGAUCGUUCAGUUAAACAUAUGGUAGACAAAUUCUUGGAAGGAUUCAAUGUCACCAUAUUGGCAUAUGGUCAAACGUCUUCGGGUAAAACAUACACCAUGGGUACAUCUGACAAUUCGUCUUUAUCAGCUGAUGAAAAGGGAAUAAUUCCGCGUUCAAUGACCACACUUUUCUCUUACAUAAAUUCUGCCCAAUAUAAGAACCGAAAGUGUACCAUGAAGGUUUCAUUCGUGGAAAUAUACAACGAAGACCUGAUCGAUCUCCUUGCUGACAAAGAGGAAGAAAGCAGACCUCAAGUUAUGAUCAGAGAGGAUUCUAAAGGAAAUAUUAUUUGGAGCGGGUUGCAAGAGGUUAAAGUUAACAGUGUAGAAGAAGUGAUGGGUAAUUUGACUCGCGGAUCGUUACUUCGUCAAGUCGGUGCUACGGAAAUGAACUCACAGUCAUCUCGAUCACAUGCAAUUUUUUCUGUUACGCUUUCUCAACAAAAGUUUGUACCGAGCGGACCAGUUAGUCCGACUGGCACACCUACACGUCCAUCUAGUAGACAAUCUGGGUCACCAUCAAGAUCAGGGUCCAGAAUGGGUAGACGUACGGAAGAAGGAGAUUGGGUCUCCGUGACAAGCAAAUUUCAUUUUGUGGAUUUAGCCGGCAGUGAAAGACUCAAGCGUACUUCGGCAAUCGGAGAACGCGCGAAAGAAGGGAUUUCAAUUAAUUCUGGGCUUUUGGCUUUGGGAAACGUGAUAUCCGCUUUAGGAGAUCCAACAAAGAAUAGGUCUACGACGCAUGUUCCAUAUCGAGAUUCCAAGCUUACCCGAUUAUUGCAAGAUUCUCUUGGUGGUAAUGCACAAACUUUAAUGAUUGCGUGCGUCUCUCCAGCAGAAUACAAUGUUAGUGAAACUGUCAAUACGCUUAAAUACGCAAAUCGUGCCCGUAAUAUUAAGAAUAACGCGACAGUAACCCAGGAAGAAGCUGGUUGGCAUGAUUUGGAACAUUUGCAAAAUUUGGUCUUGAAACUCAGAGCUGAAGUCAAGGCUUUGAAACAAACGAGUGAAUCAGGAAGAACUACACCAAACGAAUCUAGGAACAGUCGUAGAUUAUCCACACCAUUGAGCAUAAUUACUAAUGGCCUCGAAACUCAAGCUCCAAGUAAAAACAAGGAUAUUGACUCACUUGAAGAACAGUUGGUAGAACUUCAACGUUGUUAUUCAGAGCUUAUGCAGAAAUAUACAAAAACUUCCGAAGAAUUGUCAAUGUAUCAGGACAACAUGGAUCUUUUAUCAUCUAAAAAAAUUGAUCAACAGGAGAGUGCGUUCUCAGCACCUUCUUCCGAAUCCUUCCAGGAAACUAUUGGACCUCUAAUUGCCGAAUAUGAAAAAUCAAUUGCUGAACUGGAGAAUAACCUCAGAAUUGCCCGAGCUUCCUUGGCGAAUUCGGAACAAAUGAUGCACGAACAAGAAUCAAAACUCGGAGAAGCGGAAGAACUCAAUUCUAAAAACCAAGGCAUGAUAUCUGACCUUAAGAAUAUGGUCUCAAAACUCACGGAACGUGAGGAAAUUUCUGAAAAUUAUAUUAAUGAUCUUGAAUCUAAACUCGAGGCACAUGCCAGCGAACAAAAGAAAGAUCGAGAAACAAUAAAUGACCUCCGAAGUAGAAUUGCUCAACUCAGACUAAAUAGUGAGAAAAAUGAAGGUGUAAUCCAAAAACUUGAAUUGCGGCUGGCGAAAAGUGAAAACAAAGUUACGAUAAUGAAUGAGACCACCCAAAAUCUAGAAAGGGCACUACACGAAAGGGAGGACGCUUAUAUGAAACUUGAAUUAAAAUACAAGAAGGAAAAGUCACUUGACGAACAAGACCAGAAUUUAUUAAUGUCCGAAAUCGAAGAAAGAGAUCGUAGGAUCGCUCAACUUGAGAAAAAGGUCGAAGAACUUGUCACGGAGAUUUCUCAGAUGAAGAAACUCAGAGUGGAUUCCAAGUAUCAGUCAUGUAUCGAUGAAAUUAACGAGCUUAAUUCGCGACUUCAAGAAGUCAAAAUUCCAAAAUACGGAGUAACGUUGGUUGGCGAUUCGGCUCCAAUGUCUCCAGUAAAUCCUGACUUUGUCCAAGAUAGUGAAUCGUUGUCAACUCACAUUCACGGCACUCAUCGCAAAGCAAAAUCUCUCUCCGCUGAAAUCCAAGGUGCAGAGAAACGUGAGCUUUCCAGCAUGGCCAUGGUUCAGAAACUCCAGAUCGAACUCAAGCAAUUGGAGUUAUUACACGCUGAUAAAGAAGAAGGUUUAAUAGAAGUCAAAAAAGAGUUUGCACGUCUAGAGGUCAAUCAUCUUGAAACUCUUGAGAUUGUAAGUGAACUUCGCGAAGAACUAAAACGGCGUGACGCUUUGGCUCAAAUUGAGGUUAUGUCGGUGAUGACCUCAGAAUACUCGUAUGCUGAAUCUGGAUAUUCUGCAGCCACCAGCGAAAUAGAUCAGUAUGACAUCGUUCAUAGACUCCGAGAUGAAGUUGAACAACUUAAAGAGGAGCAAAAAAGAAAUCUAGAUAUCAUUGCUUCAUAUAACAAUGGAGUCAAAAGUGAAGAGGUUUUGAAAAUUGAAUCUAACAUCAAUUUGCUUAAAGCUGAGAUACAGAGCAUCAUUGAAAGACAAAAUAAGGAAGAUACGAAUGAGGAAACCUUGCAAAAAUUACAAAUUCAGCUCAAAGAACUAGAAGAACAACUUGCCAUGACACAAGAAGCUCAAAGACAAAUUAUUAUUAAUAAUGCUGCAUCCCAGAUUGAAGGAAAACUAGAUGUAGCCAACAAGAAUGAUGAGUUGAAAGAACUUCGACAACAAGUCGAAAAACUUCAAAAUGAAAUCGAAGUUAAGAGUCACACAAUCGCUGCUUUAUUAUUCCCAUCGGUCGAACAACAGAAUAAUAUUCGAGAAUUGGAAGAUGAGCUUCGGGAAACAAGAGAGGCCUAUUCACUUGCCUUUGAUGAGAAAAAUAGCAAGUUGAACACCAUUACUGAGGAAAAUGGAACCACCUCCGAUAGUAUUGACAAGAAAAUCGAGGAAUUGGAAGAGAAAAUCAAAUCAUUAGAAGAUCAAUUAGCUAAGGCAAAAGAAACACCGCAUGUUCCUGUUCACCAAAAUCCCGAAAUCGAUCUCGUUGAUCCUUCCUACAAGACUAUUGAAGUAUUAGAAGAAAAACUUUCUGCUUUGCAACGGGAUCUUUCAGCUAAAUCAGAGGUAUCCGAAGAUCUUAAAAGCGAACACGAAACGAUCACCGCACUUCAAGGGCAACUCGAAGCUCUCAAAUUGGAUAUGCAUCACAAGCACGAAUUGAUUGGUAUACUCAAACGAGAUCUCGCGGAUAAAGCAAUGCUUCAGCAGAAACUACGAGAAAAGGAAACUGAGGCAUUGGCUUUCAGAACGAAACUCAUGGAGGUUCAUAAGCAAGAAGAAGAUUUAGAAAGAGAAAUGAACAGACUUAAGACUCUCUUGCAUAAAUUGGAAAGUGGCGAUGACGUUAGCAAAGUUCUUCAGGAUGAAUUAGAGUCCCUACGAAACGAACUCAAGGACGUUCGAGCUAGGGAGUCCGUCGCCCUGGAAAGACUUCGAGUUCUCAAAGCAAGAUUAGGUUCAGAUCAGGAAGAAUCUGUCCUUCAAGAACAGUUAGAACAUUUACGAAUCGUUGAAAUUGCGCAAAGAGAAAGGAUCGCUGUCUUGGAAGAUCGACUUUCUGAAAAAGGCGAAAAAGUCGACGAAGAUCUUGUCAUAUUACGAACUGAUUUGGCAAUUGCCAAAGAAACGGAAUCAGCGCAAAAACGAGUAAUCGAAAACUUGGAAGCUAAACUCAAGAAAGCUGAAGAGAGGUCUCAGGCGGUAAAUCUUAAGCGUGAGCUCGCUGGAUUGAAGGCAAAAGAAAUGGAACAAAAUAAGAAGAUCCAGGAACUCGAAUUUCAACUAAGCGAAUCAAACAACAAGGAUUCUCAGCAAGUCAAGCAGUUAAAGGAAGAAAUAGAGAAGUUACGUGCGCAUGAAAGAGAACAACGCAGACAAAUCGAAACGCUCGAAAAUCGAUUGGAUCUUAUCAAGGACGAAGAUCCUACCGUUUCUUCCCUGCGAGAUCAAAUUGCUGGGUUGAAAGCAUCAGAAUUUGAUUUGCGUAGAACAGUCCAAGACUUAGAAUCCAAGCUUGUUUCUGCUCAAAGGGAAAUAAAUAUUUUUGAAACUGUAAAAGAAGAAGUAGCCUUUUUAAAAGAACUGGAAUCGGAACAAAAAUCCACUAUCGAGCAACUGCAAUCCCAGCUUCGUAAAAUCAGAAAUGCCAAAGAAGCAGCAGUCAGGGAACUUCAAACAAUGAAGGGAGGAUUUAGCAUUCAAAAAGAACUUGCGAUUUCAUUAGAAGAAGAAUUAAAAACCUUGAGGCAAGAGUUGGCUUCUGCUAAGGAUAAUACCAGCUCCUCUUCUGUUGAACUUGAAGAACUUUCUGCUUUAUUGAGUGAUGCCCAAAAACAACGUGAUGAAGCUCAAAGACGAGUUAAAACUUUGGAAAUCGAGGUUGAAACAUACAAGAUUGCUGGGGUGGCCGGAAAAGAAAAUGUCGGUGCCUUACGAGAAGAGUUGUCCAAUGCCAAACUUGAGAUGGUUGCUCAGAACGAAAUUCUCGUCGACUUAGAAGCUCAAAUGAAAAACAUGGAGAAGGAACGUGACCAGAGUGCUCAACGCGUGUCCGAGUUAAUGGAGGCCCUUGAGAAAAGGGAGGCCAAUCAAAGAGACGCAGUCCGAGAGCUGGAAUCUACAUUGAUGAACUUAGAAACAGAACUAGUUAUGGCUAAGGAUAACGAAAAGAUGGACAAAGAAAUGAUUUCAAACCUUGAAGAAAAACUUUCAUUCGUCCGGUUGCAACUGGAGGAAGCAAAAGCCUCUGAUGAAAGGAGGACAAGGGUCAUCAAUGAAUUGGAAGCGAAAUUAAAAGAAGCCCUUAGCGUAUUAACAGAACGGGAGAGUGGAAUCAACAACCAGGAUGUCCUUAUCGUUGAAUUAGAGGCACUUAUACGAAACACUCAGUUUGAAUUACAGGCGGCCAAGCUAUCGGAGACUGACGCUGCAGCGCGAGUAAAAGAACUUGAAAGUAAGCUCGCAGAAGCAUCAAAAUUGGAACUUGAUUCAGCCGCCACUGAACUUAAGGCUUACAAGGCGGAACUUGAUAAGGUCAAAGCGUCCGAAGCAAAGUUUAUCCAACAAGUCAAGAAUCUGGAAAACAAACUCCAAGGUGUUCAAGAACAACACAGCCAAGAAAUCACCAAGCUUCAACAAGUGAACGAAGAAGUCAACACCCUUAGAGAACAGUGUACACGUUUACAAGCAGAAAUCGAUGACGCUAAUCACGAUUCCGUUAUUCAAUGCUAUGAAAACAUUGACGACGAUGUGAUUGAAGAUCUCACCAACGAACUCCGAAAGGCCCGUGAUCAGGCUCAAGCUCAACAAGAACGCGUCGAAGAAUUGGAAAAAAUUGCAAAUCAACUUGAAUCCGAAAAGAAGAUUCAAGCACAGCGUAAUGAAGACCAUGAGGCGGAAGUCAAGCAACUUCAGAAAGAUCUCGAAAUCUUGGCCGAGGAUUUCGCAGAAGCCGCAGCCAAAUUCGAAGACGCCGACGAGCUUUCGAGACAGCAGAAAGAUCAAAUUGCAAAACUUGAAAAGGCCUUACAGGAAGCUAAAAAGAGUCCUCUGGAAGACGCGGAAGUUGAUCAACGCCUUUCUGGAUCGACAAACCCAGUGCUUGCCAAACUUGCGUCUGCAAAUGAACAACUACGACAAACUAACGAUCACCUGAAUGUUAAAAUCGCUGAAACGGAAGAUCAAACACGAAAACUGGUUGAUAAGGUUAAAUCAUUGGAAAGCGAACUUUCUCGUCUAAAUGCACACGAAAAUAAAUCUAUUAAAGAGCUAAAGGAUAAGAUUAAUGUGUUAGAAGUAGAAAAAGAGUGUCUAGAGGAGGAGAAUAAAACAUACGUCGAAGAACAGGGUAAACUUGACCAAAAGAUUGAAUUCUUGAUGCAGCAAUUGCGAUCCGUAGGUUCUGGUAAGACUUCAACUCAAAUUGCAGAGUUAAAUGGUCAGAUCAUUAAACUGGAAAAGGAACUAGCCAACUUGAAGCAACAAUCCUUGGCCAAUUCCAAAGAAAUGGAAAAGGAAAUCGAGCGACUUCUGGAACUCAAUUUCCAGCUCGAGCAAGGGAUCAAGGGUACAGCACCCAGUCCAACCAGACCUAAUAGUGCAUCAACCGUUUCAAGUUCACACGGUAGCGUGAGCAGUGUGAAUUCUCGGGAACAAUCCAAACUCACUCGCCAAGAAAAUAAAAUUUCCCAGCAAAACAGCUUAAUUAAGUCUCUCCAGGAAAGGAUAACCGAACUUGAAAAGCGAUCAAAUGAUGGAAAUGAGGUCGAAUCUGGAAUCCGAAGUUCUACGUCCUCAACUUCUUCCAGUUCAUCGGAUAUUAAAAAAAGUGGUAUUCGACCUAUUACAGGAAGUCUUGCGAUCGCACCUCCUCCAACACCUCCACCAAGUCAUCCGCCACCUCCACCACCUUCAGGUACACCACCAGCCACACCCGGUAAUCCCACAACACCGCGUUCUCCUCUACCACCAAAUCUUACAAGAAAUCGAUCCGAUUCCAAUGUGAGCUCCGAAAUUGCAUCAGAGGUUCAAAAGUUGCACAAGAAGAUUGAAAAGAUGGAGGGCGAAAGCGUACAGAAUCGACAACUUGUCGAAACAUUGGAAUCUACGCUCAACGAGAAUGAAAAUAAUCUUCGCGUGGCCAAAAAGCAACUGUCUAUAUUGCAACGCGAAAAGAGUGACUAUCUUGAACAGAUCAAAAAAUUGAAGUCACAGUUGGACGAUGCACAACAACAGGUUGAACAAGCAAGAUCAACCGUACAAGAGGAGAAGAAGUUAAUGGAAAGUGUACUGGAGGAAGAACGAAAAGCCAAGGAGAAGGCUGAAAAAGCUCGAUCGGCGCUGGAAAACCAAAUGGAACAGCUUAUGGCCAAGAAAAACAAGUUUAUGUGUUUCUAA